AUGCCAGAGACACGACCGGCUCCAGCUGUCAGCAUGGAGCCGAAAACCAGGCACCCAAAUAUGUUGAAAAAUAUCGGCCCACUCCCUGAAAGACGAAGUACGAUCAGCAGCAUGAUGCCUUUCAGCUACCAGAACCACUGUUUACGAUUGCGGAAUUUGUCUGGUGGCAGUAGUGGGAGCACAACCAGCGGCAGCGGGAGCAGCAACAGCAGCUUGACCCAGUUAGACAAUCAGUAUUCCGAGAAACUCCCUUUUCCUCUGGAGAUAUCCCUAUAUUCAAACAACUCUUCAGCCGUCCCCUCCAUUCGAGAAAGUUCAGCAGGUGCCCAGCACCGGAAGCUAGAUCGUAGUUGGAGCGACACCACAGAUGGUGACAGAAAUGGAUCGCAGAAGUUGGUGAAUGCCAGCAGGUACAAGACUGAACUGUGUCGCCCGUUUGAAGAGAGUGGGUCCUGCAAAUAUGGUGACAAGUGUCAGUUUGCACAUGGUUAUCACGAACUCCGAAAUUUAGUCCGCCACCCCAAGUACAAGACGGAGCUGUGUCGCACUUUUCACACAGUUGGGUUUUGUCCAUACGGCCCAAGAUGUCACUUCAUUCACGAGGACGAGGUAAAGCCAACAUCUCCCAGGCUUGGUCGAGCAGGCAGCCUCACCUCCUCCAGUGGCAGCAGUAGUCCAUCUUUGAGCCCUUCUGGCAGUGACAUUUUUUCCUAUCAGCCUGAGGUCACCCACUUGAUGUCAACAACAAACAGUCAUGUGAAUGGACUGACAGGAAACAUGAAUUACGGCAGCAACAAUAUUGAUCUACAGAGCUUGGAGAAACAUUUCUCCAGCUUGAAAUUAAGCAGCAGCAACAGUGAUUAUAGCAGCAUUUUAAAUAACAACCAGAAGCCAAAACCUAUUGGGUCAGAAGAAAGGGACAUCUUCAGUGAAGUUACUAUGUUUAAUUCUGAAGAGGUUUUGGACAACACUUCUACAUCUUCUUGCGCAGCACAGUCCAUGAGGUUAGAUAACUUCCCUUUUGUGGAUACUCGCAAGCCAGCCUUCUGGCAGUCCUCCUAUAGGGAUUAUUGA